ACCAAAUCGACCAAAUCGACAGCGUCGGCCUGUAUUUUGUGCGAACAGGAGCCCCCUCACAACAACAAUAGCAACCGGAGCAGGUCGCCCAGUGCACACACAAAUAACCAUCAGAACUAUGCUGCGAACAGCAAAGCCUAGAACCGCCGCGGGCAAGAGAGCCCUCAAAGACAAGGCACCCAAGGUUGUCGAGGAUGUCAAAUCCGCCGUCUUCAUCCGUGGAAGCACAACCAACGAAAUCACCAACAUUGCGCUGCAUGAGCUGCUCGCGCUGAAAAAGCCCCAUGGAGUCAUGUUUUCCCGGAAAAACGAUAUCCAUCCGUUCGACGACCCCCAAAAGAUCGAGUUCUUUGCCCAAAAGAACGAUGCAUCGCUCUUCGUCAUUGGCGCUCACACCAAAAAGCGCCCGCACAACCUGACGCUGGUCCGCACCUUUAAUUACCAAGUCCUGGACAUGAUCGAGCUUGGUUUGCAGGGCUUUGAGCCCAUGUUCGAAAUACCCGGUCCAAAAGCCUCGAUCGGCAACCGUCCGCUGAUGGUCUUCCAAGGAGAGUUGUUUGAGACCGAUCCAAGCUAUCAGCAAAUCCGAUCGAUGCUACUGGACAUUUUCCGGGGCGAAGUAUCGGAGCAGAUCGAUCUCAAGGGCAUCGAGCAUACGAUUGUGGUCACUGCUGCGCCCGAUGGGUUGCUCUACUUUCGGGUUUACAUGAUCGAUUUGAGAAAGAGCGGAACCAAGUUGCCGCGAGUCGAGCUGCACGAGAUGGGUCCGUCGUUCGACUUUGUUGUGCGUCGAACUCGCUUCGCACCAGACGAUAUCAGAAAGGAAGCCAUGAAGGUUCCCAAAGAGACCAAAGUCAAGAAGGUCAAGAAUGUUGAAUACGACCCUAUCGGUGACAAGCUUGGCCGUGUUCAUGUUGGCAAGCAGGAUUUGGCAAAAUUGCAAACCCGCAAGAUGAAGGGACUGAAGCGCACAGGAGCAGAUGAGGAUGACGCCGAUGUCGGGACCGGGGCCGAUGGUGACGAGCCCCGCGGCAAGAGGAGCAAGAACUAGAAGAUAAUGACGAAUAUGGUCUGCGAGGUGGACAGCAGAGGCAGCUUCUCAACCACAGAUGGCACCGCCGCCCAGUCGGACUGCCAUGAAACAGUUCACGUUGACGCACCGCCUCCAACGACCGCAGAUAUCGCUUGACAUAGCCCGAUGCGACCAAGCACACGUCAUCGAGCCUCCGACCGGGAUCGAAAGUGCAUAUGGUCCUGGCUGACAAAAGUCUCGAGGUCACAGACCGGCCUGACCUCGACGCUAUUUCAGGCGGAGCGGCGAAGAUCUUGGACUUUGAAUACAUAUUCUUGAAUCCCAACGGCAGCAGUU